AUGUUAUUUUCCAAAUAUAUAUACGCAGCCCUUGCUGUUAUACUGACAGUUCAAGCAGCUCCAUUACGUGAUGCUCGUAUCCCUACUUUUGAAGAAUCAGAUACCGUCAGAUUAACUAAAAAGGAUUUUUCAUGGGAUUAUGAUAGUCAAAAAAUUAGAGGGGUUAAUCUUGGUGGUUGGUUUGUGUUGGAAGCUUAUAUUGUUCCAUCACUCUUCAAUGCAUUUGAAGGUUCCUCCACUGGAAUUCCUGUAGAUGAAUAUCAUUAUACUCAAUAUUUGGGUCAAGAUUUGGCUUCUCAACGUUUACAAGGUCAUUGGGCCAACUGGUAUACUGAAGCUGAUUUUGCUAAUAUGGCCAAUUUGGGAUUGAACUUUGUUCGUAUUCCUAUCGGUUAUUGGGCUUUCCAAUUAUUAGAAGGUGAUCCAUAUGUUCAAGGUCAAAUUCCUUACUUAGAUAGAGCUUUAGGUUGGGCUGCUCAAUAUGGUAUUAAGGCCUGGAUUGACUUGCACGGUGCUCCAGGUUCUCAAAAUGGGUUUGAUAAUUCCGGUUUAAGAGAUGUUCUUGAUUGGCAAACUGGUGAUAAUGUUCAAGUUACUUUAAAUGUUUUGGAAACCAUUUCUCAAAAGUAUGGUAAUGGUAACUGGUCUGAUACUGUCAUUGGUAUUGAAUUAGUUAAUGAACCUUUAGGACCAUCUUUAAAUAUGGGAGAAAUUGAACAAUUCUACAUUAAUGGUUAUAACCAAUUGAGACAAACUGGUUCUGUCACUCCAGUUAUUAUUCAUGAUGCUUUCCAACCUUUAGGUUUCUGGGAUAAUUUCAUGACUGUUGCCAAUGGUGAUUACUGGAAUGUUGUUGUAGACCAUCACUUUUACCAAGUGUUUGAUGUUGGUCAAUUACAAUUGGAUGUUGCUGGUCAUAUCUCUACUGCUUGUAACUGGGGUUGGGGUCAAAAGGCUGAAUAUCAUUGGACUGUUGCUGGUGAAUUCUCAGCUGCCUUGACUGAUUGUGCACCAUGGUUAAAUGGUGUAGGUAGAGGUGCCAGAUAUGAUGGUACAUAUGAAUCUCCAUACAUUGGAGACUGUACUCCAUUCCUUCAAAUAAGUACCUGGCCAUCCUGGUAUAAUGUUGCUGUAAGACAAUAUGUUGAAGCUCAAUUAGAUGCCUUUGAACAAACUGGUGGUUGGGUUUUCUGGAACUGGAAGACUGAAAGUGCUCCAGAAUGGGAUUUCUCUGCUUUAUGGACCAAUGGUCUCUUCCCAUCUCCUCUCACUGCCAGAGAAUAUCCAAACCAAUGUGGAUUUUAA